ACAAUUGAUUGUACAUUUCACAAACUGAGUCUCCACGAGGGUGUGGAAAUGUCAGCCGCUGAGUCCCGUCAGCCUUUGCUGCGCUUCUAACUCACUGACACGUCACUGAGGUCAGACAGACCUGGAGUAAAGAUGGCGAUUGCUUAUGAGAGCUUCAAACUGCACACAACCCCUGAGAAGUUUUACAUAGAAGCCUGUGGUGAUGGAGCUAAUGAUGUUCUUGCCAUCGACAGGGUGUCGACGGAAAUUAUCCUCACAGUUAAGAAGGACAUCCCUCCCUCUGCUGUCACUAGACCAAUAUGUGGAAUUAUGGGAACAAUUCGUCUGGUUGCAGGCAUGUAUCUUAUCAUAAUUACGAAAAAGAAAAAAGUUGGAGAUUUGUUCGGUCACACCAUCUGGAAAGCUACAGAAUUUGACAUCAUUUCUUACAAAAAGACUGUGCUGCACUUGACAGAUAACCAGAUGCAAGAUAACAAGUGUUUCUUAGCCAUGCUCAACAACGUAUUGAACACGGAUGGGUUUUACUUUGCUACCAACUAUGACCUGACACACUCCUUACAGCGGUUGUCCAACACCAGCCCAGAGUUUCAAGAAAUGAGCUUACUUGAGAGGGCAGAUCAGAGGUUUGUAUGGAAUGGGCACCUUCUGAGAGAGUUCACAGCACAGCCUGAGCUCCACAAAUUUGCAUUCCCAGUGCUCCAUGGAUACAUUGUAGUGAAAUCUUGCUGUAUUAAUGGAAAAUACUUUGACUGGAUCAUUAUCUCGAGGAGAAGCUGUUUCAGGGCUGGGGUGCGAUACUAUGUCAGAGGUAUUGAUUCAGAAGGUCAUGCUGCUAAUUUUGUUGAAACGGAACAAAUAGUCCAGUACAGUGGAAACAAAGCUUCUUUCGUGCAGACUCGUGGAUCAAUGCCAUUUUUCUGGUCACAAAGACCUAACCUCAAGUACAAACCAAAGCCACAAAUCAGCAAAACUAUCAAUCAUAUGGAUGGCUUCCAGAGGCAUUUUGACUCGCAAAUUAUCAGCUAUGGAAAACAAGUGAUUUUAAACUUGAUAAACCAGAAGGGCUCUGAAAAUCCGCUGGAGCAGGCUUUUGCAAAAAUGGUGACGAGUCUGGGUAAUGGAAUGGUGAAGUACAUAGCGUUUGAUUUCCACAAGGAGUGCAGCAAAAUGAGAUGGGAACGACUUCAGAUUUUAGUGGAUCGGGUUGCAGAGAUGCAAGAUGAGUUUGGUUACUUCAUGGUGGAUUCAGAUGGGAAGGUCCUGAUGCAGCAGGAAGGCACAUUCCGUAGCAACUGCAUGGACUGUCUGGAUCGCACUAACGUGAUUCAGAGCCUGUUGGCACGUCGCUCUUUGCAGUCACAGCUACAGAGACUUGGAGUUCUUCAUGUUGGACAAAGGAUCGAAGAGCAAGAUGAUUUUGAAAAUAUAUACAAAAAUGCAUGGGCAGACAAUGCUAAUGCAUGUGCCAAACAGUACGCCGGGACAGGGGCCUUGAAGACUGAUUUUACAAGGACUGGCAAGAGGACUCAAUGGGGGCUGGUCAUGGAUGGCUGGAACUCGAUGAUCAGAUACUACAAAAACAACUUUUCAGACGGCUUCAGACAAGAUUCCAUAGAUCUAUUCCUUGGUAACUACGCCGUGGAUGAAGCCGACAGCUCAACACCUCUCCAUGUGCAAAAGGACUGGAAGUUCCUCACUUUGCCUAUCAUCAUGGUUGUUGCUUUCUCCAUGUGUAUUAUAUGUCUCCUCAUGGCAGGUGACACUUGGACAGAGACCUUAGCCUAUGUGCUCUUCUGGGGAACAGCCAGCAUUGGGACCGCAGCCAUCAUUCUUUUCAAUGGCAACGAGUUUGUAGAUGCUCCGAAGCUUGUUCAGAAGGAGAAAAUGGACUGAAUCUGUGUGUGUGGAAAGCAGGUCGGUCACCAGGAUUCCUCUUUGCACACUUGGAGUCUGUACUGACCUGCUUUCCACACAUGCGAAAGAGGAUUUUUAUCAAGAUAAAAAUAUAAGAAAAAAAAAAAUGUUCUUGGCUGUUAAUGGUGGCGGUAUGCUUUUGGGAUCCAAGAGUUUGUCUUUAUCUGAAAUGUAGAACAUCUCAUCAGUGAAUGGCACCUUACUAGGGGUAAUAUAAAUACUUGGUUUUAUUUUAAAGCUAGCCAUACUGUACUUGUCUGAAGUUCUCUCAUCAAUGUCCAAAUUUAACAUCUACACACAAAUAUUAUGUUUCUAAUAAUAUGUACCUCUAUGUAUUGAUCUGAGUGUGUGUUACAGACAAAUGGAAGACAUUUUAAUGCAUGUCUUACACAGAGCAAAACUCAUAUAGUAAAAUAAAGGUUUGGGCAGCAUAUAGAUUCCUAUAUACCUGUAUCCCAAGCAUGUUUUACAUGUAGAUCUCUACCACUGGCAUAAUAACCAGGAGGCCUUGCACUAAUAUGAGCUAAAAAUAAUGGUUUUAUAAGCUACACUAAAGAACAAAAUACCCAUAACUGUUUUGUUUUUAUCCCUGUAAGUUGCCAUGUUGAUGGGAUAUUCUGCUCUGUUCUUGUGAAUUACCUUUCCUUUCUGUUAAUCGGUUUCGCAGCAUAUUUGAUUUGUUACUGAUCUGUACUGUUGGUUUUUGUCUUUUACUACUUAAUUUUUUUUCUUCUGACACUCGGCUUGCCCAGUGCAGUUAUCCGAUCUCACCUGUCUUCCCAAUAUGUUUCUGUGCAAUGGAGGAAGUGUAUAUUAUUAUAUAUUACCAGUAAUAGUGUAUAUUAUAAUAUGAGCUGUUUCAUUCUGAUACUGGUUUUCAGGAUGAAAGAAUCAGAGAAUGUAAAAUCAGUUGAUAUGCCUUUUUAUGUAUCUUUCCUUUUUAAUUCAGAAAUCCAAAGCAUAAUGCAUAUUGACAGUAUUAACAUAUUUGUUAUACUGUUUGUUUUCCAAUCAUCUUUUUUUUUCUGUUUAUUGAUAACUUUACAAUAACCAAUUAUUUAAUAUUAGGCUUGGGAACUCUGGUUUGUUCUAUUCCAAGGUGCACAUAACCUGCAAUAUGUAUUUUCUCUGCAUGACAUUCAUAUUCUUUUAUAAUAAGCAGUUUACUUUUCAAAAUAUAAGGCUUUAUUUAUUACAAAGGUUUUUGUUCUUGGGAUGUGUGUAAGCUGGAACGAGGUACUAACUGGCACUGGUAAGGAAACACUAAUUCCUGUGACCAACUCAAGCUUGUCUUCAAUGUGAUCUCUAUAACAAAAGAAUAACAUAAUUGUCUUUUUUUUUAUUAUUAUUUAUUUAUUAUUUUUAGUUAAUCUAUUUUACAAAACUAUUUCCUUGUAAUUACAUAUGUAGUACAAAUAAAAUGUCAGUACAAAUUAAAAAUACAAGUAGAGCUGGCAGAUCUGUACAUGUCUGUUCCCAUUAUAUUAUUGAUUGACAAAAUAAUUUAAAAAGUAAGCAAGAUCCUUAUAUGACGUGAGUAUUAAUGAUGCAUUCUUUUGGAUCUGUGUUUAACUUAACAUUAUGUUCUGAAAGGACAAAAGUACAGUUUAUAUAGUAGCAUAUGACUCGGGAUUUAUUACGUCUGCCUUUGCAGGGAUAAUUUAUGCCAAUGUCGUAAAUGAUAAUUAGCUGUAUUCCAUCUUAACGUCAUGCAGUGUAGUUGCAAAUAUCAGUUAGAGAUGGGCAAGCUCAGAUUUUUAUUUUGUUCAAAGCUUUUCUUCUGUGUGAGCUUAAGGAAUGGUUUAUGGAGUUCCUUUCAAUAGUCAGAUUUUAACUACAUGGAUCUGAAAGCUUACCCUUCCGUUUCCAGUCUGCAACAUGUUUAAAAAGACCAAACUGCACUCAAGCUUCCAAAAUGGAUAUGCCAUAAAAUGUGAUAUUAAUAGGAGCAUUAGACUAAGCCUGAAGAAAUACAUUUCUAGUUGUAGUCCUGAUGCAGUAGAAGCAGAAUGCUACAGCAGUGUUUGCAUCCUAAACGUUUUCGGUGCCUCUAGUGAUUGAGAGAGUUGCAUGCUCUUUUUGUACAAAAAACAAACAAACAAACAUAAAUAACAGCCUUAUUGUGCAUUGCUGCUUAGUGAUUGUGUCUUCUGGAACUUGGGAAACAAUGUUGUUUUAUUACUGGAAAAAGACAAACAUCAAGGUUUAACCCUUCUAGUGACACCAAUGAGCCAUCCAAAUCCAUCUUUGUGGUUGUCUUUGGAGAGUUGUCAGGGGAUUAAAACAAGACCUGCAUUACAUUGCUUGCCAGGGUUUAUAGUCUGACUAAUUGGUUUACAAAAUAUCCCGAACAAACUGAGUGCUUUAGUUUGCUGUAAAUAAUUCCUAUCUAUCCCUGCUGUCUCAGUACAAGCACACAUUUUCUUGUGUGUGUGCACUGCUUACUAACCAUAUAGAGGAAAAGGUGGAAGGUUUCAAACCGUAAUGCAAUGUAAGCCUUAUCAUGCCUUUUUGUGGGUCACUGUUCUUAGUCCAUGAAGGGGGGAAUGGUUUUAGUGGAUGAAGGCAAGUAUACUGAAUGGUUUCAUCUUUGCAUCUUUUUUUCUUGCUGUUCUACAAUAUUGAAACGCCUAUCUCUUUCUGACCACUGUCAUUCCAUGUUUUAAGUGGUUUGUUUUGUUUCAAAGAUUUAAUAAAAUCUCAGAUGGAAAACAAUAACAA